AUGUGUCGGCAAUGUACGACUAUAGAUCCGGGUUCAGAGGAGUCAUGCUCAAUAACCUUUCGCAUCCGCAUCCGGGAGAUUUUGGACCGUAUCGAUCAUCUCUUACGGUGUUGCAACAAUCUUGAAGACCGGUAUAGAGAGGCAGGUAUCGUUUUCCACAAAACCGAACGCGCAUGUCGCCUUGCAUGCGAACGGAACACCGAGUGGGCAAUUCUUUACGCCAACCUCGAAAAAGCUUUUCUUAUUGACAGCUACGAAGAUAUCUUUGCUCCUCUCAAGGACAUGGAAACACGUCUCAUGAAACUUCGCAUAAAAGUGCAGCACGUUCCAUCGGCUGCUACGGCGGGCGAGCUCAUGGUUGCGUUCUGGCAUGACUUGGCUCCUCCGACCGAUGCUCUGAUAGCGGAGUUUGGGACGUUCAAACAGUACAUUAGUAAACUUCAGUCGGACGCUUAUACCCUACGGUUGUUCAACAAGAAGUAUUUUCAGGUGAAUGAUUUGGGCGUUCAUAACGCUUGGUAUGAUCCUGUGGUGGAUAUGAUCAACAACAAACGAACUGUGCGGAGCCGUGUCGGUGAAUUCACGCUGUUUGCUGACUGGGUUCAUAGCUUACCAGAGGCGCAGCGCGCCCUGGAGGUCCAAGCUGGGCAUGAUGGUUACAAUCCUUCUGGGACCCUAUUUGAAGACAGGCUGUUUGCUUAUUCGAUGGACUUGAUAUGGCGUACGAAUGAGAGGUUUAUACCUAAUCGUCAUCAGCCCAGUCGUGGUCUGCAGCACGGAGGAACUUGA